UGUCAGUAUAAAUUCGAUCUCCUAUUUAUUUGCUCCAAAGUCUGUUCUGUUUCGCAGCUCCCGUAUAAUAAAAUAAAAUAAAAUAUUUUGUGUCAAUAUGUCAAUGUCGGACGACGGAUCUGAUAUAUUUCAAGACCUUGAAAGCUAUGAGCCCUAUGGAGAAUGUAGCCAAAACAACAGUGUCGAGGAUACAGUCGUGGUGCCCCUGGACACCUCUGAGGACGCUCAGUUCUCGGAGCAGAUGUUUACCAACAUUCAGGAGCGUCUGAACCGAAUCAUAAAGCGCAUUAGCCUGGCCAACUCUGCCGUGACUCAGAUGAAGAGGAAACUGCAUGCUCAGAUUCCAUCAGCAGUUGUGGUCGAAAAUGCCGACCAGUUGGCUGGAGGCGAUAAUACUUUGAGAUUUGAUAGUAUUGAACAAAGAAACGAAGCCACCAACGAAUGAUUUAAGAACACUUUUAAAUUUCUCAUUUUCAAAAAUUUUGUAAAUUUUAUGUGAACUCUAGAGGCCCAUUUAACAACUCACAAACAGACACGAGCAACAUUUAAAAGUUAUUUGUUAAUAAAUUAUGUGUUUACUCAA